CCCAGAUUCCCUUACGGAAGCGAAAAAGUGCGCGGUGUGAACAUCGGUGGAUGGCUUGUCUUGGAGCCAUGGAUAACUCCGUCGCUUUUUGAUAAUACAGGCUACGAUAAUAUUGUGGACGAAUGGACGUUCUGUGCUUUUCAGGACAGAGCAACUGCAGCUGCGACUUUGCAGAGUCACUGGGAUACUUUUUACACCGAGUCUGACUUUGCUGCUAUCGCUGCAGCCGGCUUGAACCAUGUUAGGAUCCCUAUCGGAUACUGGGCAUUCGACACGUCUGGAGGGGAACCAUUCAUCAGCGGGCAGUAUCCCUAUCUUCUUAAAGCCGUUGGCUGGGCGAGAAAUCAAGGUCUAUUUGUGAUUAUCGACGUGCAUGGCCUUCCUGGAUCCCAGAAUGGCUUUGACAAUUCUGGCCGCAAGGGCCCUGUUAACUGGCCAAAUUCGCAAUCCAAUAUUGAUCGUUCCAAUACUAUCAUUCAAACCCUUGCGGUGGAGUUCUCCAAGGCUUCGUAUGCCAAUGUUGUUAGUGCCAUUCAGCCAGUCAACGAACCAGCAGGAUUUGUAGGCGGCAAUAUUCUUCCCGUGACUCGUCAAUACUAUUAUGGCUCCUACGACAAAAUACGAAACAAUGGGGGUAAUAUGGUCCUGGUCCUUCAUGAUGCUUUCCAGGAUCUCUCUUUUUGGAGCGGUGUCAUGCCAUCUUCAAGAUUCAGUAACGUCUUGAUGGAUACGCACCAUUAUCAGAUUUUUAGCAACGCCGACGUUGCAAAGACUUGGCCACAGCACUAUGCCACUGCUUGUCAGCGCGGUGACGCCAUUGCCUCAUGGGCCCAAACACCAGGAAAUCUGUGGACGAUCGUUGGGGAAUGGACAACAACUCCUUACGAUUGCGCCAAGUACAUCAACGGUCGGGGUGUGGGGUCUCGUUACGAUGGAACGUAUCCUGGCUCUCGAAAGCUUGGCGUUUGCUGGCCUUUCACGGGAUCGUCGAGCAGGUUUAGCGAUUCUUACAAGAGGUUCAUGCGCAAGUAUUUCGAAGCCCAGACAAGCUCUUUCGGAAAGGCAGGCGGAUGGAUUUACUGGACAUGGAAGACCGAAGCCACGGACGAGUGGAGCUACGAAAAGGGGCUUUCAGGAGGUUGGAUCCCUCAAGAUCCCACAGAACGCCUGUACCCGAAUAUCUGCGGGUGA